ACGUCCCUCUUGUUGUGCCUGUCAAAUGCAACACUCACUUCCUGAAACCUCCUGUGCCCUUAACCUUGUGCAGUGCAUGUGAACAAUAUUUCACUCGGUACAACUACUGAAUUGUUUAAUUUGUUGUAUUGUUUGGAGCUGUCGCCAUGUCUCUUGCUGCAGAGGCGUUUGUCUCCCAGAUAGCAGCUGCAGAGCCUUGGCCUGAGAAUGCAGCACUGUAUCAGCCUCUGAAGGAUGAUCAGAUAUUGCUUUCAGAUCAUGCUUCCUCACUUGCUGUCCAGGCGUAUUUGCGAAUGUGCAAUCUGCCAGUCCAGGUGGCUUGUAGGGCCAAUGCAGAGUACAUGUCUCCAUCUGGUAAAGUCCCUUUUAUACACGUCGGUAAUCAAGUUGUAUCGGAACUUGGUCCUAUAGUCCAGUUCAUCAAGGCGAAGGGCCAUUCACUUAGUGAUGGACUGGGUGAAGUCCAGAAGGCUGAGAUGAAAGCCUACAUGGAACUUGUGAAUAAUAUGCUGCUGACAGCUGAGCUGUACAUACAGUGGUGUGAUGAAAAUACAGCAAAGGAGAUUACUAGGCCUAGAUUUAGCUCUCCUUACACAUGGCCUCUGAAUCACGUGUUGGCCUAUCAGAAGCAGUGGGAAGUUCGACGCAAGAUGAAAGCGAUUGGAUGGGCAGGGAAGACUCUUGAUCAGGUUUAUGAAGAUGUAAGUCAGUGCUGCCAAGCUUUGUCACAGCGACUGGGGACACAGCCUUAUUUCUUCAACAAACAGCCUACUGAACUGGAUGCUCUAGUCUUUGGACAUCUGUUCACAAUUCUUACAACUCAGCUCACCAGUGACGAAUUGGGAGAGAAAGUGAAGAACUACAGUAACCUGUUGUCGUUCUGCAGGAGGAUAGAGCAGAACUACUUUGAAGACCAUGACAAAGACAGCAUUACAAGUUCAACCUCUCGCUUAUCAAAAGGCUCUUCCUUGAUGUAAACUUUCACAGCUGCAAGAUCCUCUUAUAAUGAGGCACACAAAUAACUAGAUCCUCAAUAAUGAGGCACACAAAUAACUAGACUAUAAUACCUGCAACACAACAGUACAUACCACUGGCACAUGGCGGUCUAUGACAUUUUUGAGAUUUAUCAUAAAAAUGAAGUAACCAGAUAUGUUUUUUUAACAAAAAAAAGAAUGAACCAUUUGGUUGCAAGCACGAAGAGAAUGCAGCUUUAAAGGUGAUGCAUUUAAGGAAACUUUUAAUUUCAUCUGAAUCUGACUAUCGUGUAUGAUAUAACUAAAUUUACUCAUGUGGUUGUCAUCAUUUACCAUUUGGGAAUUGUUGAUUUGCUGUGUCUUUCACGUCAUACACUUUUGAAAAGCCUUUGGACUCCACUUUAUCUGCAUGCAAUGCAUUAAAACGUAAUGUAUAAAAAGUA